GCACUGAAUGGUCUCUUAUUAUCUUGCAGAGUUGCCGCUCUCAGUGAGAGAAGAGUAAAGCAAAAUCAGUCAAAAGUGGAGGACACGCUUAGUGAGAACAGACAGUCAAAGGUGGAAGAGGAUUUCGCUAAUUUCUUCGACGAAACGAGAAUGGAUGCAUUGGAAAAAAUGCAGACAUCGUGCUCAUUUAAAGAGCAGCUGGAGGUCGACGUUUAUUGCGCCAGACUUCUUUGUCUUGUUUUUGAGGUAUGUCUUGCGUUUACGGUUAAGUUAACACUCAUGAAAUGUAGAUGUUUCGUUCACAGUAUCAAUAAUUAAUUCUGAAGUCGUUUCAAAACUUUUGAGCUAACCUUUUUAAUAAGGCGAUGGGCAUGAUCUUCUUAUAAAAAAACAUACGUCAAUGCUACAUUUUUCAAGUAGGAAGGGUCGUUCAUUGUUUGUAGCAUUAUGACCAUGUAUGUCCUACUAAUUCUCAUUUCGCAUAUUCUGAUUGCAAUAUAAAUUAUAUAAAACUUCUCUAUAUUCUCUCUCUCGGGGUUUUUGCUUCAGUUUUCCAUCCUUUAAGUGGAACGACUAAUGAAAACCAUUCUGAUUUUACAAUAAAUGGUUUUAACCAGUGGGUUCAAUGUUUUCGUGUAAUCUGAUCGUGCGGCUGGGGGUAGUCCUGAGAAGGAUCGUAGUCGGUUGUGGUGACUGACCUUCGACAAACUGAGUAGAUGGUCACCAUCAGAGUCAAGUGAAGAGUUGCUGUCAGUCGACUGUUUUAGUUUCAGUCCGUGCAUAAUGUUUAGUCAGUUUAGCUGCGAUUAUAUUAACUAUAGGACUCAUUUGGUGCAUAUAAAUCGGUCGUGAUUCGUUUCGAUCCGUCGGCAGAAUGACUGCAGUCGUUCUGUUCGGUUCCGUGGCGGUGCAAAUGCCUUGAAUAAAUGCCAGUAGUUGUUGACAUCUAUUGAAGGUAGUCCACUUUAAAUAAGUGAACUAGCUUUACAGAGUCAGUCGUUGGGAAUAGUUAGAGCUGUCUUUUGUGUAAUUGAUCGUUUUAUGGGUGACAUGGAUAUUGAAGGGUUAUAGCAUGCGCGAGAUGGUUUCAGGUAUGCAUUCAUUUAUGGUGUAGUCAUUGUGUGGUCUAAGGUGUUGUCGCUGCUAAGUGUGUCGCCGAAUCUAAUUGUUGCUCUUUUAGGGAAAAACAUGGUCAAAGUUUUGGUUUUCUUCGGAUAGGGUGCCUGUCGAGUGCCCUUUCUUUUUAAAGCCCAGAGUGCAUAAUAGUAACGACUCUGUGUGAGGCCGGGUUGUAAGAUGACUUGUCUGUUAAUUUUUUGUAUUCUGCUCGUCUAGAUGUCGGUGGAAUGAGUAGAUUUCGUCGUGGUGUACGGUGGUAAAUGUAUUACUAUAGGAUUUUGUUACGCUUUAGAGACGUACAUUAUGUAUAAUUUUAGUACAGUUAUUGCCAUUAUCAUAUUAUUGUUUUUUUUUAGGCUGCCUACGAAAAAGUGGAAGAGGCAAGAGAGGCAAUUUUUGAGUUGGGGAAAGAAGUAACGAGAGGUUUUAUUCAAUCAGCCCCAAGAGCGAUCAACUUGAUUACCCUCUGUAAAAGGGUAGGACAAAAUAAACUCUUGGAGCAAUUAAUCUCCGACGAGGAUAGAUGAAAAGCGGUGGUUAAGAUUAAUAUAAAUAGAACAGUUGUAAAGAUUUGAGACUCGUCCUUUUUCCUAACGAUAUUGAGUAAGGACGCCGACAUUGUAUUUAAACCAUAUCAUCCUUCUUGGUCCUCCCCCUCACGAGCGGAUCAAUUGUAGAUGUAGAUGUUAAGAUAAAGCGUCAUUUUGAAGAAAAGUUAGACCCCACUAGACACGAUGAACACGAAUCUCUCUUGACGAAAGAAGAGGCGUCAAACCUUAUGGUAAGGAAACGUGAUUUUGAUCGUUAAGUGAAAAUAAAUCGGCUCGGUCUUAGUGUACUUUAAAGGAAGGACUUGCCUUUCAAAUGAAAACUUAGAUUCCAGCAGCAUCAACAAAGUGUAGGCUUUCAUUUAGGCCGGCAAGUUGUCUACAUAGGGAAUAUAUAAAUUAAAUUUGAAUUCACUUGGAUGGAUAGAUUAAAGAUUCGGAUUUUGUUAAUUCUUAUUCAGCCGUAUCCGUUUAAUCGUAGUUUCAGCCCUCCAUAGAUAUUAUGACUAGUGCAUUUUAAAUGUUAUUUUUGUAAUAUCGUGUAGCAUCGUCUGUUGUCUUUACCAACAGAGGGGCAUUUCUGAAACAUCGGUUGCCUAUCCAGUCUGUUUAGUGCGUCAAGAAUCACAGUAUCCGGUUGAAGCUGUUGAUGCCCUAAUGAUGAUCUUGAAAGAAACGGCACCCAAUUGCAACCUUGAUUGUUUAGUGGAGGUAUGUUGUCCUGGAUACUCUAUCUUGAUUCAAAAAAAGUCACAAGAAAGUGCCCUACAAGAGGUAUUUGGGAAAAAAAACGGUCUGGAUUUUUUUUACUAUGAUUCUAUAAUAGUUCGUAAUUGAUUUGACUCAGCCUCUCAGUACGUAUCUUGGUCGUUCAUAUAAUUUUUGGAGGUUUCAUGGUUAAAAGCAGUAAAUCUUCGGGGUGAGGAUGAACAGUGUGGUGGAUCUCGAUUUGCAUAUUUCGUUUACAUCACGCAUUGCACCGCAUAAAAGAAGUAAAUUUGUCAUAUUUCCCAAAACACUGAAAACUAAGAGUCUUCAUGAAACAGACAAAAAGAGAUGUCACUUUGUGACAAAUUUAUCAGAAGGCCCAAGCCAAAGAAAUCGAAGGCUGGAGAUUUUGAUGAAGUAAAAAAGUCUGACUUUACAAAUUGCUUUUCUUGAUGAAUUUUUUGGACUUCGUUUAACCCGCGAAUUUCAAAAGCCUCUUUGUCGAGGGACUCGAGAAGGGAGUUCAAUAUUUCCUUUUAUCAAAUAAACUGCGGUGUUAUACAGGGAUUUCCGGCCCUUAGAAAAGCCGUAACAAUACACGUGAAAAAAUACGAUAUUUUUUCACGUUUGUUGAUAUAGCCAAUCAGCUGCUGACACGUCACUCGCCUUUCGCACCACUCGAUCAGGUUGAUGAAUGAACAACAAAGCCUUCACGAUUCUCAAUAUAAGUAAUUUCUUGGAACUUCUCGAGUUAUGGCGGCGAAAACACUAAAAAAAUCUGUAUCGCUGACAGACAAUGAGGUUCAAACUUUCCUAGAAGGGGAAGAAAACCAAUAUACAAGAGAAAACCGAAAGUUACGAAUUCAGUGGCGUUGGUGUCGGCAUUUCUCUCGGCUGAGAAUGAAACGCUGGCCGAUUUUGGCCGUUUACCUGAAAGACAUCUUCUGUCGGUAAGGACAAAGUUAAUAAAUGAGAAGUAUGUAAAUUGAAAAUUACGGCCAUCCAAUCCAACUUUAAAAUAGAUUUUCUCGGGAACAACAGGAAUAUCGAAAAAGCCUCACACCGUUUUUAGCCUAUUAUCUGCUGAGUGAUACAAUCCAGUGGUUACGCAAAGGCUUUUCCCGGAUGACACCCUUUUUUUGUUGACGGUGACCGUAGUCUUUAUUCAGAUUUCUAACGAGUUGUGCUAAUUGUUAUGCUUCUGGAUCAUUCACGAUCGAAUCUGAUGGUUUUUUUUUCUGAUGAUAAGUUUUCAAAGGCGUCACGAAGAAACCGAGUUGUAGAUCAGUUUUUGUGGAUCAAACGCACACGGGAAAUAAAUAAAUUGAAAAAAAUAACUCAGUGACUUAGAGUUAAUUACUUUACUGACUUCAUACUAAUUUGAAAUUUACUUAGAAACCUAGAAUUGUUUUUUUUCAAACUUUUUAGAGGCAUUUUUUCAAUCAUUAUCUUCCGAUCAAAAACAGUACCUAGGUACGAGACGGUUAAGCAAUAAAUCUUUGCAAUCUUAUUUUCAACCCAAGCCAAUAUAUCGUACUUUCCUGCCCUUUUCCCUCUCGAGCUCCAUUUUGUCUCGUGCAUCUUUCUCCAUGGAGAAAGGGGAGGAAGGAUGGAUGUCGAUGUCAGGUCUGAAAAGAAUUGUUAACCAUAUUAGUAUCGGUAAUAACAUGAUUUCGAGUGCGAUGUUUUGGUGAUCAUUUGCAUGGAAAAAGCAUCUUAGAAAGUCAAGACAGACGAAAUUUUGACAACGCGCGCGCUAUUUGUAAUUUGCACUCUUGUUACAACUUUGCACUCGUGUAAAAUAAAAAAUGCACUCGUUUUCAGCCAAUCAAAAGUGCGUCAUCUUUACGUAUACAUCAUUGUCGACUUUCUUAAUUUUUGACCAUAUGUAUCGUUUCUUCAUGAGCGUUUAUUUUGUAAUAUUAUUUCAAAGAUAACUUGCGAACGUAUGUACCCCUAACUUUUCAAAUAAUCAGUACUAAAACUUUUAGGGUGUUAUUCAAGUCGUUAAGGAGAAGUAGGACAGGUGGAAAGAAAAGGAGAAAUUGGUGAGAAACAGUCUAUUUUCAUACUUAGUGAGUCAGCUCCUAGAGUACAUAGAAGCAAGUAUCCGGCUGACUUGGAGAAUGGUUAUCCAGACACCACCAUUAAAGUUAGAGUAUCAUUCCUCACACCUAGAACGGUACCAUAAGAAUAUGGGUUAUCAUAUGAGUCCUGAGGUACGUACGUUGGUGAAAGAAGCCCCUGACCAACAUCAGGAAGAGGAGAUAGCAUGCUAUCUUUGGCCAGGACUGUUUGAUGGGGAAGGAAGAUGUAUUCGAAAAGGAGAAGUCUUGUGUAAGAUUAAAGGGAAUACUAAGUAA